GGUUGGCAGCCCGCAGCACAGACUCAAGGAACAAUAGCUUUAAGCAAGGAAGACGGAAGUGGAACAUUUAUAUUUUAUACUUUAGGGAGCACAGACCACGCAUCCGGGUUGGUAGUUGGUGUGUAAACUGCAAAUUACAAAAUUGCAUAAAUGCUUUGGCGUUCUUUCGUUUUAUUAAUAUUGUAUCCCUGUGCUAAAUUUAUAUAUCAAAAAUAGGAAAAUGAAUAAAACAAGAUUUUCUAUGUUAUUGUUGGAGCCUGGUGAAAUAUAUUUUGAGGAUUAUUCUUGCUCAAUGAACACAGUAAAUUCACAAGGCACUAAAGAUGCAAAACAGGGUCGAUUAAAACUGUGUUCCAAAUCCUUAGUUUUUGAACCUAGGGAAUGGGAUUAUCCAUUAAUAAAACUACACUUUAAAGAAUGCACAGAGGUUGAUACAAUAAACACAUAUGAUGAAAGAAAUGUGAUUAAAGUGAGAGUCGGACAGUAUGCAGAAAUGUUGGAGGGAAAUAUAUUGGCACCAUACAAGUUCCAAUAUGAGAGCAAAGACUUUUUUUUCUUCUUCGAUUUUUCAUCUGCUGAAGAAUGCUUAAGUCAGAUGCAACAACUUUUGAGAGCAUCAACACUGCAUGCUCCGGAGCAUAAUAGUAUGAUUGCAACUAUUCUUCACUCACGCUACAUGAGGAUGGUGUUUGACCCUGUCAUGAUGGAUGAUUACACUGAAAAGAUUAUAUGUGAAUUUCAGACGGAAAAAAUAUCUCCAUUAGUCAGGCAUCAUGGCAAGCUAGCUCUGACACCUACUACUCUAUAUUUUCAACCCUUCAGUAAUAUAGAAAAUAGUCCAAUCUUAAAAAUGAAACUUGAUGAAAUGAGAAGGAUAUACAAACGAAGAUUUUUACUAAGGCAAGUUGGUCUUGAAAUAUAUAGUGCAGAGGAAAGUCCUACAUCUCAUUUAUAUUUGUCAUUUCAAAAUGAGAAUGACAGAGAUAGAGUCUACCAGAUAUUGGAAGAAUCACCAAAUGUUAACUUAGAAAGAGUGCAUGUAGAAGAGAUGACUCUCCAGUGGCAGAAUGGAAUUGUUUCCAAUUACGAUUACUUAAUGUAUCUCAACUGCCUUUCAGAUAGAAGCAGAAAUGAUCUCACACAGUAUCCCUUAUUCCCGUGGGUGGUGGCAGACUAUGUCUCGGAAAGAUUAGAUCUUGAAAGCGCUGAAACAUUUAGAGAUUUGUCCAAACCAAUGGGAGCCCUAAACCCGGACAGACUGGAAAAAUUACUUGAGAGGUAUCAUGAGAUGUCAGACCCAAAGUUUUUAUAUGGGUCCCAUUAUUCUGCACCUGGUCUCGUUUUGUUUUAUCUUGUAAGAAAAUAUCCACAGUACAUGUUAUGUUUGCAAAACGGAAGAUUCGACCAUCCAGACAGAAUGUUUAAUUCAGUGAAAGAUGUUUAUAACAAUUGUUUGAAGAAUAUGUCGGACUUCAAGGAACUGGUCCCAGAAUUCUACGACACAAAUGCAAAAGGAGAUUUCCUAGUAAACAUUUACGACAUAGAUUUUGGUAUGAGGCACGACGGCAGUAAAGUCGAUAAUGUGAAUCUACCGCCGUGGGCAAACUCGCCCGAGGAUUUCGUGCGCAAACUGAGGGAAGCCCUGGAGUCUCCGUAUGUCUCUAGAUAUUUACAUUUAUGGAUAGAUCUCAUAUUUGGGUACAAGCAGAGAGGUGAAGAGGCUGUGAAAGCAAAUAAUGUAUUCCAUCACGUCUGUUACGAGGGCUCAGUCGAUCUAGAUUGCAUUUACGACAUGAACGACCGGCACGCUUUGGAGGUGCAAAUAAUGGAGUUCGGUCAAGUGCCCAAGCAACUGUUCACCAAGCCGCACGUCAGAAAAAUAAUACCGCAUAUCACCAAACAACUAUCUAUACAAGAUUACGAGAAUAAUGAGUAUAGUCUGGAAUGUAUAGACACUAUUUGGUUGCAUAAGGAAGCGGUGAAUUGCGUGUUGAGGAAAGAAGAUAGGAUUAUAUCCGUGUGCAAGGAUGGCACCCUCAAAGUGUAUGAUAUGGGGCAAAGGAAGCAGAUUCGCAGCGUUAUAUUGAGCUCGACGCCUCUGAGCUGUUGUGUGAUGGUCGAUGAGCAUAUCGUGGCUGUUGGGUCGUGGGAUAAUGAAAUUUACCUUUACGAUGUUGAAUACGGUCGAGUGGUGGAGAGUUUCCGGGCGCACGACGAUUCGGUCAACUGUCUAAAAUGGUUACCUAAAGAGCGUUUAUUGGUGUCGGGCGGUUGGGACGGCGUGGUGCGAGUGUGGGGCAGCGUGGGCAGGGUCGGGCAAGCGCUGCGCGGGCUUAAGGCGGAGUUUGACCACGAUGGGAAGAUCAGCACCGUUGCUUACAGGUACAGACGACACUUGCUAGAUAUAAUAGCCGGGACGAGUGACGGCGAAGUGUUCAUAUGGGACUAUUCGACCAAGGAGCUUAUAAACAAAAUUGCCGUACAUUCCUCGCCAGUCAACGGCGUAUGCCUGCUCUGUGAAGACAGGAUAGUAACUGUCAGUGAUAGCGGGGAAUUGAAUGUUACUGAUCUGACAGUUUUGAAUUCGGUGUACAAAAAGCAAGUGUCGUCCACGAUAACCUCGCUGUGCUGCGACGGCGCCAGCGUGCUCUGGCUCGGCGGCGCGGGCUCGCUGCUGCAGUGGAACAUGACCGCCGUGGCGCAGCUGAGCGAGCUCAAGGCUCACGACGAUUUAAUCUGGAGCAUACACUUGGAUUCUACAUCGAAGACCCUUAUUACGGCUAGUGAUGAUAAGUCGAUUAAAGUGUGGCAACUUACGCAGAAAUCCUGACCAUAUUUUGUAAUAGUAUUUUUAUUUCAGUAUUAAUUAUGCUCAUUUGUAUCUGUAUUCAGGUCGCGUUAUAUUUCUAGCCAAUCCUAUGAAUUAACUGCCUACUCCGUCGAUUCUGUGUCGUAGAACUUUUUUCGAACCUGCCCGAUUGUUGUGCAACAGUCGCGACCUGUCCAGUGUCCAUUCCAUCAAAACCACGUACACCCCAUUUAAAUAGGGUAUUUUACCGGUUUUUGAAAAGUAAUUUCUCAUAGUAAAGCUCCAAAGGUGAUAAUUACAUCAAAAAAAUUAUUCAAUCGAUAAGUGCAAUAAAAUUGCAUUUAAAUUUUGUAUUUUAAACUCUGCGAAAACGUUAACCGCCAUUAUCGACAGUAGUGAUUGCACUAUCGUUAUGUCAGUUUUUGCGCUAAAAUUUAAAAUUCUUUUUCCAAAAAGAUGCAGAUAUCUCAUACCUCUAAAUUUUGUUUAGAUAAGUGUAAAUAAAAAAAUUUAUAACACCCCCGACAAGUGAAGAUUACAGUAACUAGAACAGAGCUGAUAACUUUCAAACGGCUGAACCGAUUUUCUU